UCCCAACACCAGCAGCUUGGCCCACUCCCCAUGGGACAGCAGCAGCGCCUGGGACUCUGGCAGCAGCAAGACCGAUGGGUGCCACUGCUUUGUUCCAGGGACUCCCAGGGACUCAAAGGAGGAGGAAUGGGUGACAUGGCCACAGGUGAAGCUGCUCUCAAGGUCAUCAGAUAGCAGCUCGGGGGCAGUGAAAAGGAUGAGGUGCAGCAGCUCAUGUUCCUGCACGCCAUCCACCCCGUGUGUCUCACUGCACAGCAGAGAUGGCAGGACACAUUGGAGCCACACUGCUGCAAGGCGACUGUGAUGGAGAGGAUUGUGCACCAUGAAACCUGCCCUGGAGUCAUAGCUGGAGACACACCUCCUGUGAGCUGCCCUGCAUGCUGUCUUCACCCUGGGCACAGAGAAGGACACAUCACCCAAGUCCAGGCUCUGCACAAGGUCAUGCCAGAGCUCCUGGAUGCCAUGCUGGGGAACCUGCUGGCAGAGUCCCCAGAAACAGACAGGCUCCACUACAUCUUUGAGCACAUUAACUACUGGAUCGUGUCCAGGGUGUUGCAGGAGAGAGCCAGGGCCACUAGGAGCAGCACGGCCCUGCUCAGAUUCACCAUCACCCUUCCUGUGUUUGAUAACUCCGCAGAAUUCCCCAGGCUGGGUCACUAUGUGGCACACCUGGCUCUGUUCAUCAGUGACCCAGGCGAGGACCUCAGCCGGCAGGCCAGGGAGGGGGUUUACUGGCUCUACCAGCUGCUGCUGCACCAGAGGGGGCUGACCAUCCAUGAGACCAAAGACCUGGCACCAGGACAGCUGGCUCCUGGGCUACAGGAACACGGCCAGUGUGCGGGAGGUCUUUGGCAAGUUCUUCUCACAGGGGCAGAGAAGAUUCUUCCUCUGGACGGAGGGCAGUGCUGGCCAUCCACGAUCUCCUACUGUGUGUCAGCUAGGCUGGGCUGCUCCUCGCCUACUCCCUCCUGGUGGAAGCCCAGGGGACAAGCAGGAGGAUGUCACAGCCAACGUGAUGUGCCAGCUCCGCAUUAUCCAGCACUUGCACCAGGUGCCUGGGGUGCUGCAAGGGCUGUGCCUCAUCUGAUGCCCUUAAAGGUUUCCCACCCAUAUUCAGCAACUCCCGCUCCCUGCUGCAGGUACUGCUCAGUCUCACUGUAAAUGGGAGGAUAGUGGAAGGGGAAAUGGAGCCCCCUAACACUGCCAGAAAUUCUCUCCCCUCUCUGUGGACCAGGGUCCUUCCCUCUUUCCCCAAACGUCCUUCAUCUGGGGCAUGAGCUCUUCCCCUCACUCCCAUUCCCUGCCCCUCUUUCCUUGGUCUGUCACCCAUCCCAUUCCCCCUGCUCCCAGGCAGAGCUCUCCCUGCCCCAUAUGGUGCAGAAGGGCCUUUGUGUUAGGGCUACAGCAUGUCUGCCCAACUGAAGCUCAGAAAGCUCCACAUCUGAAGAAGUGAGGAUGGGACAGAGGCUCAGGGCUAGCUUCACCUCCUGUCCUUUAUUCUACCUGUGGUCCUUCUAUGGGCUCUCAGGGUAUGUCUACACUACGGGAUUACUCCGAUUUUACAGAAAUCGAUUUUUGGAAACAGAUUAUAUAAAGUUGAGUGCAUGCGGCCACACUAAGCACAUUAAUUCGGUGGUGUGCGUCCAUAGUACCAAGGCUAGCGUCGACUUCCGGAGCGCUGCACUGUGGGUAGCUAUCCCAUAGCUAUCUCAUAGUUCCUGCGGUCUCCACUGCCUAUUGGAAUUCUGGGUUGAGAUCCUAAUGCCUGAUGGGGCAAAAAACAUUGUCGCAGGUGGUUCUGGGUACAUGUCGUCAGACCUCCCUCCCCCUCC